GUCUUUAUUUUGUAAACGAGUAGAGAAAUGGGAUCAAGUUCCUCGUGCAGAUUUAUAUUUUUCCGCGCGUAGUAAAAUGGAUGGGCCAGUCGGGACAUUAACCCCAAGUCCCUCAUGGAGGGAAUCGCCUCCGGACACCGAGUAGCGGGGAGAAAGGAGCCAGAUCCUUGGCCACGUGCGAGCACUGGCACUGCUGUGGGAUGGGUACUGGAACCUGUGUUCCCCAGUACACAGUUCACAGCUCCCCCCAGUAAGAGACAGACGGGGGACCCCCAGGCUGGCGGUACAGGUGGACACGCUGGCCGCCCCGCUGGGGCUCUGGGAAUGAAACACCCAACGACAAUUCACCUCCAAAAUGGCUUUGCGAGGCAGACGACUGCCGUUAGCUCUGCUGUGAUGACACCUGCGUGUUGUCUGUGGGGAUCCUGACCUUCGGGAAGAUAGCUGUCCCACUCGCCUCCACAGGGGCCCCGGGCAGUUGGCGGCUCAGAGAGAUCAAACUGCUCCAGUCGCAAAAGCCCGUGGGGAACUGCGUGCUGGCCUACCCGGAGGGCGGUGGGAGAGGCUGUUGCGGGGGCCGGGACCGAGCCCCGCAGAGCCCGGGGGCACGGGGGAGCCGCGGGCCGGGGCCGCGCUGAGGGGAGGGGGGGGCACGGCCGGUUCCCGCCGCUUCCCGCCGCUGCCGGCCAUGGGCGGGGCCGCGCUGAGGGGAGCGCGGGGCUGCCUCGCGCCGGGCGCAGCCGGUUCCCGCCUUUGGCCGCGCUGAGGGGAGAGCGAGGCAGCCACGCCCAGUCAGUUCCAGCCGGUCCCCCGUGCCCCCACAGCCCCCGCCAGGGCAUUGUGACGCGGGGGCUCCUCGCACCCAAAGGCCAUUGUGACACGGGCCCCCCCGAGGCGGCCGAGGGGGUAUUUAAGGGGCGAGAGGAGCCCAGGGGCGCCCACUCCCCGGAGAGCAGCUCCCUCAGGAGGCAGCAUCUCCCCGGAGUACUCGUGGAAGGUCUGAGGCCAAGGACGCCAAGGGAUGCCCACGGGUGAGGAGGCGAACGCCCGCUCCCAGCCCGCCGAGGGGCUGCCGAGCCUGCGGAACCGGCGCCAGGUGAGGGGCGGGGCGGGGCGGGGCGGGCGAGCCGGGGGGCACGGGAGUGGGGAGCAGCAGCCGGCUGUGGAGGGGAGCAGUGCCGGGGGGUGGGUGGCGGGGAGCCCGGCUGCAGGAGCUCUGCCCGCCAGGACGCGGGGGCGAGUGCCGCACGCACUCAGCAGCCCCUCUCCUCGGCUCCUCUUGCAGGUGUGCACCGUGAGGUGCGGGGAGUCUGUGCCACACACCAGGGUGUCGCGGGAGGAGGCAGCACGUCAGCCAGCGUUGCUGCACCUCCCCAAGAUAGCAGCGGCACCCGGGCACCCCGCACCCGCAGCUCGGCCCGCAGGAGCUGCCGGCGCCUGCCCCAAGCUGCCACCUCUGCCGACAGCACCCUCGGCCCAGUCUGCGGGGGACAGGGGCACCGCCAGCGGCACCGCAGCCGGCCGGGACCUUGUCCCAGAUGCUCGGGGCCAGCGCUGUGUGCCGGGCAGCAUCAGCAGAGAGGAGAGCUGGAGGGCUGCCCCGCACAGGCGCCGCACGAUCCGUAGCAAAGAUGUGGAGGACGCAGCUCACGCUGUCGUCCAACAGGUCCUGGACACGGUGUUCGGUGCAAGGCAGCACGGAACACGUGUCUCAGGGAACGCGACGGCAGCUGGAGCCGCCAAGGUGCAGGUGUCUCAGGGCGGCCAGGUCCCCACGGCUCGCCCUGCGCCUGGGCCCUGCGCACGGCGGGGCAGCAGCGGUGCUGCCGGCCAGGCCCCUGCGCCUGCUCCCCCGGGCAGGGCCGCGGGGCCAGGGCAGCUCCAGCAGCAGCAGCAGGACCAGGAACAGCGUUUCUCCCGGACGUGCGCGCGACAGGCCCUUGUCAAGCCCCAGCAGCUCCUCUUGCAGGUGUACACCGUGAGGUGCGGGGAGUCUGUGCCACACACCAGGGUGUCGCGGGAGGAGGCAGCACGUCAGCCAGCGUUGCUGCACCUCCCCAAGAUAGCAGCGGCACCCGGGCACCCCGCACCCGCAGCUCGGCCCGCAGGAGCUGCCGGCGCCUGCCCCAAGCUGCCACCUCUGCCGACAGCACCCUCGGCCCCGUCUGCGGGGGACAGGGGCACCGCCAGCGGGACCGCAGCCGGCCGGGACCUCGUCCCAGAUGCUCGGGGCAGCAGCACCAGAGAGGGGAGCCAGAGAGCUGCCCCCAACAGACGAGCACUCCGUGUCGCCCACGUGGUGGAGACGGCCCGCUGCAUUGUGGAUGAGGUCCUGAACAGGCUGUUCGGUGCGUGCCAGGGACCCAGCCAGCAGCCGGUGGCCAAGGAGGAGGAGAAGGGGCUGGAAGACAUCACCAUCCACAGCAUAUGGGUGAACCCCGCUGUCGCAGAGCUCCUGCAGGAUCCCCACGCUGGACCCCUGGCAGCAGGAGGGACAGACGGGACCCCCACGCUGGAACCCCCACAGCCCCCCAGGGGGGUGGCAGGAGAGGCAGCCGCUGACCUGCAGAGCGCGUCUCCUGCCCCGGAGGGUCCCACCGAGGCCCAACCGACCCCUCCUGCCGUGGCUGGAGCUGCCAAGGGAGAAGAACACCGCCGCACGCCUCGUGCUCCAACCACACAGGAGGACGAAGAGGCUGCAUCUCCCGUCCGCAGGCAGCAGGACCCCGCAGCACAGGCAGCAGAGAGCCAGCCUGCCCCGCAGAGCCCCACAGCCCUCGAGGCGGCUCUGCAGGCCACGGUCAAGUGCCUGGUGAGCGAGGUACUGCAAAAAGUCUUGGCUGGCAAUCAGCGACCCGGCCAGCAGCCAGUGGACCAGCAGGACCGGCCCCGCUGCAGCGACGCCGCGACCCAAGUGACAACUGCUGCGGCACCUGCGGACAAGGAGCGUGCCCCGGCCGCAGAGCCCCGGGACGAGGCCAGUGCAGCCCCUCGCGUCCCAGCGGCGCGCGUGGCCCGAGCACACGGGGCUUCUCCUGCGCCCGAAGCCCAUCGCCCAGGAGAGGCCGCCGCUGCCCUGGUCUCCCCGGCCGCACGCGAGGGUGAAGCGGCGUCUCCCUCGCCUCCAGACCCUGCGGCAGGUGCUGGCGCACCCCACCUCUCCCCGGCCGCACGCGAGGGUGAAGCGGCGUCUCCCUCGCCUCCAGACCCUGCGGCAGGUGCUGGCACACCCCACCUCUCCCCGGCCGCACGCGAGGGUGAAGCGGUGUCUCCCUCGCCUCCAGACCCUGCGGCAGGUGCUGGCACACCCCACCUCUCCCCAGCCGCACGCGAGGGUGAAGCGGUGUCUCCCUCGCCUCCAGACCCUGCGGCAGGUGCUGGCACACCCCACCUCGCCCCGGCCGCACGCGAGGGUGAAGCGGUGUCUCCCUCGCCUCCAGACCCUGCAGCAGGUGCUGGUGCACCCCGCCUCGCCCCGGCCUCCGCCACCGCAGGAGCCGCCGCCCUCCCGCACGCCCCGGCUGCCCCGCCACGGCCCUCCCUCUUCAGGCGGGCGUUGCGGGCUCUGCGCAGGGCGCUGCGCUGCUCCUGCUUGGCGGGGCAGCCGGAGGAGCAGGAGCGCCCGGCCGCCAGCGCCCCCUGAGCCCGCCGCUCGGCUGCGGGCGCUUUGCCAGCCCAAUAAAUAAAGGUGACCGUGUUCCUUCCGCCAGCGCUCGUCUGCGCCUGUUGCAUCGUCCCCAGGCCCUGCCCGUGCCGCCGGCGCUCCCGCUCCCCAGCCCCCGGGGCCUGCGCCGGCCUCUCUCCAUGGUGCCCGUGUGUUGGGCCAGGUUCUGUCCUCAGGGUGUCCCCGCAGCGGCUGGGGCGAGCCCAGAGCUGGCAGCGGUGGCCGGCCAGCGGCCUGCCGGGGUCCCCUC